CCCAGCAUGGGAUCAUGUGCUGGAAAGUCAGUUGUGCUGCUGACAAACAACCAAGACGGGACCUUUGAGUGGGUCGAUAGUCUGUCAGGCUCAGACAAUUAAGCGGAGAAUCUAGUUUUCAUUUUAAAUAAGUUGAAUAACAAAGUCUAAUUUAAGUCGUCAUGGCGUCUCUGUUUAAAAAGAAGACUGUCGACGAUAUCAUUAAAGAGCAGUCCAAAGAGCUGAGAGGCACCCAGAGACAAAUCACCAGAGACAGAGCUGCCCUGGAGAGACAGGAGAGGCAAAUGGAAAUGGAAAUCAAAAAAAUGGCCAAGACUGGAAACCGUGAAGCCUGCAAAAUAUUAGCCAAACAGCUCGUACAGCUUCGAAAACAGAAGAACCGAACCUACGCUGUGAGCUCUAAAGUCACGUCCAUGUCCACGCAGACCAAAGUCAUGAACUCUCAGAUGAAGAUGGCUGGAGCCAUGUCCACCACAGCAAAGACCAUGCAGACUGUCAAUAAAAGGAUGGACCCCAAGAAGACGCUCCAGACUAUGCAGGACUUCCAAAAGGAGAACAUGAAAAUGGGAAUGACGGAGGACAUGCUCAACAGUACGCUGGAUGAGAUUUUUGAUGAAUCGGCAGAUGAGGAAGAAUGCCAGGACAUUGUGAACCAGGUGCUGGACGAGAUCGGCAUUGAGAUCUCCGGAAAGAUGGUAAGAGCCCCGUCAACAGGAAAGAUCCUCCCUGGCGCUUCCCCAGCUAAAUCUAAAACAGCCACCAUCUCAGACGCGGAGAUCGAGAGACAGCUGAAGGCUCUGGGAAUGGACUAAAUCACAGCCAAGAGACUGAGGAGUUCAUAGUGGGAUCAGGACAUGUCCAAGUAUUAAAUGAGGGAAAAUAGGUCAACAAACAUACUCUUAUUAGAGUAUCGAAAUGAGCCACUGGAAUGUAUUUGUUGGUCAGACAAGAGCACAAACUGACAUGUUCUCCAAAUCUGCUGCAUGUUUUGGGUUUGAAGGUGAAGUGUGUCAUUUUUGUGCCUCUAGUGGCUCCAAAUGAAAUUGCAGUCAGUGUAAGCUGGGGUUGACCAUUUCAGAUUGACUGGCAGUAAGUGAGACUGUAUUACAAUACAAAGCACAUAACAUUACAAUAACAAUAGACAUUAGACACUGUAAAAAGCGACUUGUUACUUUAAAAUGUGAGUAAAUACAUUGCCUUAAAAGCAACUAAUUAACUUAAAAAGUGUGUAAACCGUUGAAAUUAAG